UAAAAACAAAAUUUUCAUAAAAAUAAAGAUCUUCUCAAAACUUUCAUUGCUUAUAAAUUCAGUGUUCCGUUUGAACUUGGUGCAUCCUCCACUAGUCUCAAGUUAAAUGAUUCUCUGAACCAUCCCACGCACGUUAGAGAACCAAAAAGCUAUCUACUCUUUACAUAUCAUUUCAAGAACUGUAUUUAUCAAAUUGCUUUUCUUGGGACGCCCUGCCCUCUCUUUAUGCAUACAUCUGCACAUUGAACUUUUAUACACAUAAAAUAUCCUGGAGAAUACAUAAACUAUGUUUUUUUCGUUUUUCUUUUUUUGAGUUAUGUAGGUCGUUAUAACUGAGAUGAUGAUUAAAUUGAUUGGAGUGGUGCGACAAAAAUGAAACUAGAGAGUCGAGAUCCACACUUUUUAUGAAAGGGAGCCGUUGAUUUUCAUGCAAACCGAUGGCAAUCAAUUCAAGAGAUUAGAUUUUAAGGCUCAAGUUUCAUGAAGGCAAAUAGCUUUCUUGACUGUCAUAUCAAUAAUCAAUUAUCAUGGUGAAAAAUAAGUCAUAAGCUGAUUUUUAUUACUUUUCAAACCUGCCUUAAAACCUAUCAAAGCUGUCUCUUCUUGAAAACUCUCUGUGUCACUCACACACGAACAAUAGUGUUGUGUUGGUGCAUGAUUUAAUGGAAUUAUGUAAUUCAAUUUAAUCCCGACUUUGAUUCCAAUGUAUUUCCUGCUAAUAUAUAUCUCCCACAACUGAGUUUCUUUUUCGUCUUCAGAAAUUCAUCCAUGGAGGAAAAACGAAUAACAAGAGAAUCCUGUUUCUUUACCUUUCUUUGCUCAAACCCUCUAUUCUCCACCGUUUUCACUCUCUACACUCUGAUUCUACUCUACUUCCCAACUUUUUUUCGUGGAAUUAUUUUCUCCCCAGUUAUAUUUUUCACUUCAAUUAUCUUACUCUAUCUUCUCCGGCUCGGUGCAAGUCAAAAAACCCAAAAGGAAACGGGAUCCAAUUCCCCGGAAUUCGAUUCGCCACCAAAAUUAUUGCCGCUGAAUGAAGAAUCUUCUGAUCAUGAUCUCAACCGGGUCUCAUAUGAAUCCGACAGCGAACCGAGUGCGACUUCGUAUCAGGGUCCCAAUUUUUUGGCUGAUUGUUUUGUGGAAUGGGACGUGAGGGCACCGUUGGAGGUUAUACAUGAAGAAUACGAAGGUGAAGAAGAAGGAAACGAGGCGUUUUGGGAGGAGAAGAGAGAGGCCCAGAUGGCUGUAAUUGAAAAAUACGCAUCUUUGUCACUGUAUUAUCCGGAAUCCGAUACAGAGACCUCAUCGGAGGGAGAUUCCCCGAAGAUUGAAGACUGGGAGUUAUCGGAGCAUUUGUGCUCCCGGUGGGAAGAUGAUGAUAAAGAAGGGUUGAUAGAGAUUGAAUUGGACGGGAAGAAGAAUAAUAGUGAAGUCGACGAAGAUAAUUUGAUUGAGAUUAAUCUUUUUCCGUCGAGAUGACGUGAAUUUCCCGGCGUUAUUUCCGACCAAGUUUUGAUACAGUUAACCCUUGUGAUUAACUAAAAGGGAAAACGUUUAUGGGUUUAUGGGUUUUAGCAAAUAGAAGGUUUACCAUUGUAUUAAAUGAAUGGUAAAGUGCAUUUACUCACUUAAUCCAAAGAUUAUUAAUGAUGAAGGUUUUGUAAUGACUCAUUUGUCCUUGCUCGUUUAGAAACAUUUUUUCUUGCACGACUUCUAGUAUGCAAGACGAGAUGUUACAUUAUUUGACACAAAGCUAAAGUUUUAUUUUA